AUAUAUAUCAUAAUUUCAAUAAUUCACCUCUUAUACAUAGAAAAGGAAAGAUAAAGACAUGAGGUGUACAAAGCACGAUGAAAUACAAAUUUAAUAUUUUUAUUCGAUAUUCCAAAUCGAUUUAUACAUUUCUGACGUGGUGUUACUGGCAUUGCAUACUGUGUUGUGUGUUGAAGCUCGUCCGUCAGAAUCCUGCAAGUUUUAAAACUAUUAAAGAUGUUUAUGAAUAGGAAAAGGUUAUCAGAUACCACGGAUUGUGAAUCGUCCGAUCCGGGAAAGUGCAAGGAACAAUGGGUUGAAGCGGGCAAAAAUUAUUUAUUUGUUUUAUGGGGGUUAACUAUGCAUUUAAUUCUGUUGUGGGGUGUGUUGGACGUUAACUUUCAUUCGCCUAUUAUUAGAGGACUGCCAGUUGUACCGGCGCCCAGUGGACCACCGGCCAAAAGACUGUUGCUUUUCGUGGCAGACGGUCUGAGGUUUCAGACGUUCAUAGAAAACCCACCACCUUAUCUCAGGGAUGCAAUGAAGAAUAGGGGUGUUUGGGGAAUAUCUCACACAAGAGUGCCUACAGAAUCAAGGCCAGGGCACGUCGCACUCGCCGCAGGCUUGUACGAGGAUCCUAGUGCCAUCUUCAAGGGAUGGCAGGAGAAUCCGGUGGACUUCGAUUCUGUCUUCAAUCAAAGCUGUGCAACUUGGGCUUGGGGCAGUCCAGAUAUAAUACCGAUAUUUACAAAAGGUAGCACACAAAAUGUCCAUGGACGGAGUUAUCCAUCUGCGUGGCAGGAUUUUGAUGCAAACAGUAAUCAGACGACAAGACUGGACUCCUGGGUGUUUGACGCUUAUUUAGAAUGGCUGCAAUCUUCAGUAGCCGAGACGGUGAAAAAUCAGAACGGAAUCAUCCUGUUCUUUCAUCUGCUCGGAUGUGAUACUCUAGGACAUGCUAAAAAACCACAUUCCAGAGAGUAUACGGAAAAUAUGAACUACGUCGAUCAGAGGAUUAAAGAGGCUGUGAACGUGACAGAACACUUUUUUGGGAAGGACACCGCUUAUGUGUUCACAUCGGACCACGGAAUGACCGAUUGGGGAUCUCAUGGAAGCGGUUUGCCAACCGAGACUGAAACACCUUUAAUCGUUUGGGGAGCAGGAAUAAAAUCAAAUGGCUUUCGUCAAGAUGUUGAACAAGCGAGUAUAACUCCCUUGAUAGCAUCUCUAAUAGGAAUUCCUAUCCCUACAAAUAAUGAAGGUGCACUACCGUGGCAGUAUUUUGAUAUAAAUUAUCACGAAUACCUCGCACGUUCUUUACUCAGUAAUGUGAAACAGCUUGCGCAUCAAGUAACCGGAAAUCGUGCGGUAAAUUGUGAAAAUAUGGACCACGUCGACUGGCGAGAGACACAGAUAAAAGAAAAAAUUCGUAAAGCCGAACAACAUCUCAGUAGAAGAAAUGUGAUGGCAGCAAUUCGAGUUGGUCAUGAAGCAAUUAGUUUCAGCAAGGAAGCUUUGUCGUAUUUCAGGCAAUAUGAACGAACACGAUUUUUAAUAUGUUUAUCGAUAAUGUGGCUUGGCUGGAUAAUAAUGUUAUUCAUGAAAAUAAGUGGAGUAGUAAAGCGUGAAUAUGUGCGAACUUCUCUACUGCGAUUAAUGAACGUCGGGUUUGCAAGUCUAUUGAUAAUAACGCUGAUUAGACAUAUAAUGUCCACGUGCAGCAACUGGAGAUUGCCGUACUAUGCGUCCUUUGCCAUAAUAUCUGCAUGGCUUGCCGUUAAUACUAUAAUGACAUCGAUGCCUGUAUUUUCAGAAAGGAGCACAUCGGAUCUAUGCAUAGACAUUGGAGGCACGCUGGUACUACUAGUGUUACUAUUUGUUGGAUUAACAUAUAGAUUUGCUUUCAGCAUAGGAAUAUUAUUACUCAUGUUGAUACGGGCAGCAAAGUCAGAAGAUGUACCAGCUUCUGUGAUUUGGACGUCGUUAGCACUGUGCCUGUUUCCGUUACUGCCUGCCGUGGAGCCAGAACCACGUGUUUAUAUUGUGAUGAUUGGCGCGUGUGUCGUAGCAAUAGUGAUAGUGUUUAUUGAUGCGCUGUCACGAAGUCAGAAAAUAAUGGAAAUUCUACGUUUAGUCAUUACAUGUCUUGUAUAUAUAGAGAUUAUUGAUGGUCGACAUUGGAUGUCAUGGAUUAUCCUGCUGACCACGCCAUUAUGCAUUUGGUAUUAUCCAAUAGAGACUAAGAAAAGAAUACUGGGCAUAAUGCUCGGAUUUUUCUGCCCUCUUACGUUAUUGUCGGCAUCUUACGAGUCGCUCUUCUUCGUGACUCUUACAAUCAACCUAGUGUGUUGGUUGGAAGUUACUUCAACUACCUCAAGGAGCUUAAGAGAACGAAAGAUCACAGAAGACUUGAUCAAGGCGGCGUUUUUUAUGUUAUAUGUAUUAUUGUGCUUCUUUGGCACGGGAAACAUGGCGAGCAUCAGUUCAUUCGAUCCGUCCUGGACGCGCCACUUUGUCACCGUUUUCUCCCCAUUUCUAAUGACAUCUUUGAUACUCCUGAAACUUAGCAUUCCUUUGAUAUUAGUGGGAUGCGCGAGCUAUUCUUUAGAAUCGGAAGAGUGUAAAAAGCCUAUCUCUUUAGCUGUUCUCUUUUUAGGCGAUUGUUUAUCACUGCCUUUGAUGUAUUGUGUCACGCCGUAUGGCAGUUGGCUCGACAUCGGUAGCGCUAUCAGUAAAUUCGUUAUUACUAUCUCUCUACCUUGUCUCUUUGUAUUGUUGCGAUGUCUUUCGCGUCCGCUUAUGAAAGUGGGUUUUGGAGUCGGCCUACUAUCUCAAAAGAAGCAUAUCGUGUAGAAUUUUUUUUAUAUAAUUAUAAAAGUGCAUUUAAUUAAUAACUGUUUCGAAACAUCUGUCUAUCUAUAUAUGUGUUUGUUAUUGUCAUUACAUUGAAAUAUGUGUUUUAACUAAAGAAUUGAACAAAUACAUCUCUGUGUGUGUGGAUAUUUAUAUAUUCGACUGAAGUCUACAUUCUUUUAUGUAAUGUGUUUGUAUUACAUAAAAAUAGAUAAUUAUAUUUAUUGGAAAAUAUAUGCACGUGUCCGUGUUAUUAUUAUUAAUUCAUCAUUUUUAUACACAGUUGAUU